AUGGGGCUGGCAUUAAGGAGCUUGGCACUGGGCUGCAUGGCCAUCAUCUCGGUCCUACAGAUGGCCAUGGCAGAGUACCCCAACUGGAUGUUGAAUGGCAAGGCCCAGGUGUUCGCAGACCUGAGCGCCCAGGAGAUGGAGGCUGUGCGCAGCUUCCUGAUGAGCAGGACGGAGCUAGAGCUGCAGCCAUCUGGCGCUCAGGCUUUAGACAAGAACUCCGUGUUCCUCGUGGAGACGCUGCUGCCCAAGAAGAAGGAUGUCCUAGAGUUUCUGGGUAAAGAAGCAAAACCUCCUGUGCGGGAAGCCCGGGUCAUCCUCUUCUUUAGUGCUCAGAAGCAACCCAAUGUCACAGAGUUUGCUGUAGGGCCCCUGCCACAGCCCGUCUACAUGAGAGAACUGUCUCCCAGGCCAAAGAAACAUCGGUCCUGGUCAUCCAGACCCAUGUCCAAAGCAGAGCGAAGCCUUCUCUAUCACAAAAUCAAGGAGGCCACCACACCCUUGCAGAAGUUUUUCCUUGACACCACUGGCUUCUCACUAGGGGACUGCAACGGCCGGUGUCUGACCUUCACCCAUGUGGCCCCCCACAGUGUGGAGUCUAGACAUCGGGCCACCUGGUUUAUCUUACAGCGCAUUGUGAGAGGCCACCGGCUACAGCCCACGGGUCUGGAGGUCCUUGUGGAUCAUGGGAGCACAGAUGUCCGGAACUGGAGAGUAGUGCAGGUCUGGUAUAGCGGCAAGCUCUACAAUAGCCCAGAGGAACUGGCUCAGAAGUAUGCAGACGGCGAAGUUAAUACAGUCGCCCUCAAGGGCCAACUGCCUCAGGACAAAAAGCGGCCACAAAUGUUCAACAAGCCUGGUAGGAAAAUCCCAAAGCCCCUCAGCAAGUCUGGCCCUGGUGUGGAACAAGGCAACCGCCCCAGAUACAGCCUAGAAGGCAACACUGUGAUCUACAAAAGCUGGAGUUUCUCCUUCCGGCUUCGACCCUCUUCCGGGUUGCAGAUAUUGAGUGUGCACUUCAGGAAUGAGUGCAUAGCCUAUGAGAUCAGUGUGCAGGCUGCUCUGGCCGUGCAUAGAGAAAACACACCUGCAGGAGAGGUGAGCAAGACCAUGGAUCUAGGCUGGGACCUGGGCAAUGUGACUCAUGAGUUAGCCCCUGGCAUCAACUGUCCAGAGACGGCCACCUUCCUGGAUGUCAUCCACUAUUAUGACACCAAUGGUCCUGUCCGUCGUCCGCGAGCCCUCUGCAUUUUUGAGAUCCCCACGGGGGUGCCUGUUAACCCCACGUUUAACACCACACGCAAAAUCAACUUCUUUUCUGAUGUGUUGGGGCACAAGAUGGUACUGCGGGCAAUCUCGGCACGCUACAAUUUUUAUUACAUCUGGGACUUCAUCUUCUACGAUAAUGGUGUGAUUUCAGCCCAGAUGCAUGCCACAGGCUACGUCCACACUGUCAUCUAUACUCCUGAAGGACUGGGUGAAACUCACCUGCUGACUCACCAACUUGGCAAAAGCCACACCCACCUUGUGCAUUACCGUGUUGACCUGGAUGUGGCAGGAACCGACAACAGCUUCCACACCCUGCAGGCCAGACAGAACACUACCACCAAGCCCAGCCGACCAAGACACCACCAGGCCACAAUGGAGAAGAUUCGGUACUCCCAGGAGAGUCAGGCCACCUUCCCCUUUGGACAGACUCUGCCUCCGUUCCUGCUUUUCAGCAGCCCCAAAACGGACAUCUGGGGACACCGGCGAAGCUACCACUUAAAGAUCGACUCCACAUCUAAGCAAAGGCUGACCCCCGAAUCUCAGGAGGACUUAGCUUUCUCCUGGGCCAGGUACUCCCUGGCAGUGAGCAAAUAUCGGGAGUCUGAACGGUGCAGCACCAGCAUCUACAACCAGAACCAUCCCUGGGAUCCUGCUGUGGUUUUUCAGGAUUUCCUUCAGGACAACGAGAAUAUUGAAGAUCAGGAUUUGGUGGCCUGGGUGACAGUGGGCUUCUCACAUGGGCCCCAUUUGGAAGCUGUUCCUAAUAUGGCCUCACUUAGGGACUUUGUAGGCUUUCGGCUCAUGCCUAACAACUUCUUUUUCACUGAAAAACACCGAGGUCCAAGAGCCACAGACAUACCAAACACUGAAUCCCUGGGGACAGGAUCUGCUUGA